AGUUAACAGCCUUUGGGGCGGAGACACACAUCUGUGAGUCUUUAAGGAAACAACUUCUCAACAUUUGAGACUUAGAUACCUGUCUGCAGUGCCUCAAGUUAACAGCCUUUGGGGCGGAGACACACAUCCUGUCUAUCGUGUUAUCAACAUGCUAACAUUCACGUUCUGUUUUGUGGUUCUGUCUGGUAAGACUUUUAUGGUGUCACUGGGACUCGCGACAUUUACCAUUUACUUACUAAAUAUACACUACACAAUCGUGAAAAUGUGAUACUUUCUAACAAAAGUAAUACCAAUAACAACCAACAGCGCGAAGCUCUGUAUGGCAUGUAUCAGUCUCUAAAGUAAGACUGUGUUCGACUUUGAAGCUAGACAGCAAUGUUGCUUAUAUAUUCCCAGGCUCUUAUCUAUUAAAAGUAAAACAGCUUUUUUUUUUUUUUUAAAUGGAGCCUAAUCUAACACAAGGUUAACGUUAUCGUUACACGCCACACAUCAGUUCUUUUUGUUUUGGUUUAGUCAACGUAUUAUUCGAUGUUAAUCUCUAAAUAUAGGUUAAUGUUAAAGUUCUGGAUGUUUAUUUAAUCUAUAGUAGAUUUGUUUUUUGUUUUUUUUUUUAGUCUUGCGUAGGGGGUGGUUGUGGUUUAAUAAAUGAUUGUUAGUUUAAUUGGUUUCAAUGAGCGAAUUAAAAAAAAAAAGUUAACAUAUCGUUCAUGUUUAAAAAAAUUUAAUUAUGUGAUGACAGAAGUAUUUAACACAAUUUUUGAAAGAGAAAUAAAUAAUUUUUUUUUGACAAUUUAUAAUCCUUAAUCAAAUCCACCAACGGUUAAUAUGACUUAUGAUUAAUCUCAGUUAAGUCGUGUUGAUUAUUUCCAACAUAAAAUACAUUCAGUAUUGAAAAUAUUUCAGGGAAUCAUUAGAAAUAUCCUACUAGGGAAUCUUCCAAUAGCAAUGCAUUCAUCUGCUUUCGUUUUCAGCUCGGCAGUUCGCCGAAGCAGCACUCGCCGUCACCGUCCAGUCUGGGGCGACGUUUCAGCUAACGCCACCCUCAUCCCUCGGUCCCGUCCGCCUCGCCCCCCCGUGGACUGACCGCUCCCCCGUCGCGUGUGUGUCCACCUGCAUGACCCUCUACCCAGCUUGCACCAGCUUCAUGUUCAACCCCGUCUCUAAACUGUGCACGCCGGGAGCCGACCUAAGUUCUUCUCUCCCACCAGCCACCGAAGAGGGAGAUUUGUACGUGAGGAC